AAGGCGCAUAUAGCGCGCCCUUGGGCUCGCAAAGGGAAGAGAAAUGCAUGCUUCUCACUUUGCCGAGUAUAUGCAGAGUUCAGCGACUAUCGCGUCAUCGUCGCUGCCACAAAGCGAGACGGACCCUUCCCUGAAACGGUCGCAGAUGCCUCUCAAAGCCGUCUAUCAAGGAUCAGUUGUCGGUGUUCGCUACCGCUGCCCCGCUCAUCCGUCGUUUUCCCCCGAACAUACGUUUUAUCGCCGCUUCCAGUUGAUGUUCAAGAGCGAAGCAGAGGCGCAGCGCUUCGUUGACCUAAUCGAAAACGUUUGCCCUAUAGGUCCAGCGGCGAAGAGCACUCGCAACGCCAAAGGGAAAGGUCAAGGAGCCGCUGUUGGCACAUUUGAAGCAAAGGUCGAUCCUAACGCUUGCAAACCGGCCUCGAAACUUCCUGCUGCGCAGCCGACUCUUCGAGCAAGCUGCGUACGUGCACCGGACCCAUUCGAGGACACGCAUCCCAGACCUCAGCCCUCGAAGCUGCCAUUGGCGGUCUCUGCGCUCCUCGCAUUGAGCUCAGCUUCGAACGGUUCUGUGGCACAGGGCACGGUCGCAAUCUCAAAUGCCCUCAGUUCUCAUGGAGCGCUAUUGGCGGGGGAGCAAGCACACACCUGUGAACAGCAGACGGCGACGGGACCUCCGGCAGAGCCUUCGCCUCCCUCUGCCUCAGCUGUGCGUAACUCCUCUCCCGCUGCGCGAAGGCAGCAGCACACAGAGGGUAGCAUGAAAGGAGUCCAAUCGCAACUCAUUGAUGCAAAGUCGACCACCAAGGCGCAUUUUCUCACGCAGGCGGAUAGCCUCGAAGCUCCUCCAACUGCGAAGAAGCGCAAGUGUGCCCCGAAGAAGAAAGCGAGCGUCGGCGUGCAGACCGACUUGUCCUCUGUCGAAAUGGAGCUCAUGCUCAUCCCCGCAGAUGGAGCACACGCGCACAUCGAGGAGGCGGCACCGUGCACGGUAAUGGAUUAUAUUCAGCAGGGCGACUUUACACCAUUCUUAUCAUUGCCAGACGAGCAGCUUGUCGCUCUGCUUCAGGACUUUACUGACUUUUCACCGACUUUUCGAGCGCUGUGCUGCCGCUUACAGGCUCUAUCUGCAAGGUAGUGCGACGUACAUUGACACACGAACAGACUUUGAACAACCUUACUACCAGAAUAAGACAUUGGCGUUCACCAUCGCACGAGCGCCG